AUUUUGAGUCAAAAUGGAAAUUAGUUUGGAACUGGUGGGUUUUGUUUUCUGAGCACAAAAAGAAGACAUUAAAUUUUACUUAACUCUUGAGUAGAUUUUCUUAGAUAGUGAAAGUGGAAUGCAGAUAAGCAUUCGUUUAUGUAAAACCUUUACUUGCAAAGAGGAAAUAGUCCGAGAUGAGUAAUCUUGCCAUAGUUCCUGGUGUUAUCAAGAAUACAAUAAACUGUAUGCAGGAAGAAGACAAGUAGGGUAGGAGUAAGACAAAAAUAAUUGUACAUCUGAAAACUUAAAGGGGUCCUGCAUGGUCCCAAGUUUUGUGAUGGUGAAAGUUUUCAGCUGUCCUCCUUGGCAUCUUAAUUCUAGAUGAUCUUUCAUUUUCCUGUGUAUUGAUAGUAAAUCUAUUCAUUCUUUUAAUGAUUAACAAUCAUUUGCCAAAACCUUUACUUGGCUUCAGUGUGUCUCAUAGCCUUCACAGCUAAUACUGAACUGAGUUCAAUUAAUGUGACCACUAAAAUCUGACUUGCUUACUCUGGGAUUUGAGCCUUAGAUUUCUCUUAGAAUAGGUGUCUAACACUAGAAUUUGUUUGCAUCUAUGAAAUAUUCAUCUGGUAUACAGGGAUUGAUGGGUAGUAUGAUUGAAUGUGUUUGCCUUCAGAAAUUACCUUGCGUGAGAUAACAUAGAAGGAUGGUAAUGCAGUCAGUGGCUUCCAGCGGGCUCCCCAUUAACAUCAGUUCAAAUUAACUGCAUACAACACUCAUGAAGACAGUCUUUACUCCCCUGUUUUCACCAUUGUCUUGUGUUUGGAUUGGCCAAUCUGUAUUUUUGCCCACUGAUCCUCUUGGGUGAUGAUGACAGGAUGUUCCUUUCCUCUUUGAGUGAUGUCUAAGCAGAAAGGCAGCCAAGAAACCCAGCAAGUGAUGUACAAAAGCCACCCCCCAGGGAUGGUGACUCUAACACCUCCGUGGGCAGCCUGUUCCAACAUACUACCACUACUGAAAAGUAUUUCCUAAUUCUUCAUCCAGCGGGACCUCUGUCCCUGUGCCAUCUGCUCAGGGCUUUCCCAGCACCUGCAGCCCUCCAGAUUCCCCCUUAGGCUGCUCGGGGCGUCCCCCACUUGAUAAGUCUCCAAUGGGGAUCGAGGUUUUAAAUAUCAGAAAGCUCUGAUUUACGGCUUGCGACGGACCCCUCAGUCCUCAGUUACUCAACAGAUUUCCAGUUCACGAUGUCAUGUCGUGGAAAGAUCUGUGUUUCCACUUCAAAGCUCAGCGGCGGGGGCUCCACAACACACCGCUAGCCACCCCUCGGCUCCUGGCAGCUCCUCGUCCUUCUCGUCAGAGGCGGCGGAUAGCGCUGACAGCAGAGCAACCCCGUUAUCGGCCCCUGCCGCGAAUGGGAGCCUCCGUGCCACCGGCGGAGUGAGGAGUGAACGGGACUGACCCACGCCCGUCUCCGCCGUAUGGAGUCGGGGAGGGGGCUGAGUCACGGGGUGCUGCGGAAGAAUAUUGCACUUUGACAAUCCAGAACGGAGGACCCCCCAGUCCUAGCAGCUGUUUCCCCGCUGCUCAGAGGGAGCCAUGUGGGAUGGAAAGGAGGUGCUGGGCUGAGGUGCAGGCGAGAGGCGAGGGAGAGAGAGAGGAGCGGGAGAGGAGACGCGGCGGAACGGGACUAUUUGAGAAGACCCUGGCAGAGCUUGUGAGGAGCGGAGUGAUCCCACCGCCGGAGUGAGCGGCCCCGCGAGGCAGACAAGGGCGGCGGGGCGCCUUCUCUGUGAGGGUUGUGCGCUUGCGUUGUUCCUCGUUUCCAUCUCUUCCCCGCCGCCCCUUGCCUGUGCUGUGUGUGGGGUGCAGCGGUGCCUUCUCAUCCGCUUUACUUCCAUCUUUUGCCCCUCGCGCCCCUCCCCGCCCCGAGGAGCUCCCCCCCAGCCAUGGCUCAGAUCCUGCCCAUUCGCUUUCAGGAGCACUUCCAGCUCCAAAAUCUGGGCAUCAACCCAGCAAACAUUGGGUUCAGCACUCUGACGAUGGAAUCAGACAAAUUUAUCUGCAUCAGGGAGAAAGUAGGAGAGCAGGCACAAGUAGUAAUAAUUGACAUAAGUGAUCCAACAACACCCAUCAGACGUCCAAUUUCUGCUGAAAGUGCCAUCAUGAAUCCAGCCUCUAAAGUAAUUGCACUAAAAGCUGGGAAAACGCUUCAGAUCUUUAACAUUGAGAUGAAAAGUAAAAUGAAAGCCCAUACUAUGGCAGAGGAGGUGAUCUUCUGGAAGUGGAUCUCUCUGAAUACUGUCGCCCUUGUAACGGAUAAUGCAGUCUACCAUUGGAGCAUGGAGGGAGAAUCUCAGCCCCAAAAGAUGUUUGACAGGCAUGCUAGUCUUGCAGGCUGCCAAAUCAUCAAUUAUAGAACUGAUGAGCAUCAAAAAUGGCUGUUGCUGAUAGGAAUUUCAGCACAGCAAAAUCGUGUGGUUGGUGCAAUGCAGCUGUACUCUGUUGAUAGGAAAGUCUCCCAACCUAUAGAGGGCCAUGCAGCAGCUUUUGCGGAGUUCAAAAUAGAGGGAAAUGCCAAACCUUCCACCCUCUUUUGUUUUGCUGUGAGGAGUCCUGCAGGAGGCAAGCUUCACAUAAUUGAAGUGGGUCAACCAUCUACUGGGAAUCAGCCAUUUGUUAAGAAAGCUGUUGAUGUGUUUUUUCCACCCGAGGCACAGACAGACUUUCCUGUGGCAAUGCAGAUUGGAAUUAAGCAUGGUGUUAUCUACCUGAUCACAAAGUAUGGAUAUAUUCAUAUGUAUGAUUUGGAGUCUGGAGUUUGCAUCUACAUGAACCGCAUUAGUGCUGACACUAUUUUCGUCACAGCUUCUCAUGAACCUACCUCAGGCAUUAUUGGUGUCAACAAAAAAGGACAGGUGCUUUCUGUAUGUGUUGAGGAAGACAACAUUGUGAACUAUGCCACAAACGUUCUCCAGAAUCCUGACUUGGGUUUGCGUAUGGCUAUACGUAGUAAUCUUGCUGGUGCAGAGGAAUUAUUUGCCAGAAAGUUUAAUGCACUGUUUGCUCAAGGAAGCUAUGCGGAUGCUGCUAAAGUAGCUGCAUCUGCACCAAAGGGAAUUCUACGUACCAGUGACACAAUCAGGAAGUUUCAGAGUGUGCCAGCUCAGCCAGGCCAUGCCUCUCCCCUGCUCCAGUACUUUGGAAUAUUGCUUGAUCAAGGACAGCUGAACAAGUAUGAGUCUCUAGAGCUCUGUCGACCUGUUCUGCAACAAGGCCGCAAGCAGCUUCUGGAGAAAUGGCUGAAGGAAGACAAGCUGGAGUGUUCAGAGGAGCUGGGAGACUUGGUGAAGACAGCUGAUCCAACCCUUGCACUCAGUGUCUAUCUUCGUGCUAAUGUGCCAAACAAAGUGAUUCAGUGCUUUGCUGAAACUGGUCAAUUCCAGAAGAUAGUACUGUAUGCUAAAAAGGUUGGCUAUACCCCAGACUGGAUCUUCUUGCUGAGAACUGUGAUGAGAGUCAGUCCUGAGCAGGGCCUGCAGUUUGCUCAGAUGCUGGUACAGGAUGAGGAGCCACUGGCUAACAUUAACCAGAUUGUGGAUGUGUUCAUGGAGAGCAGCCUUAUUCAGCAAUGCACAUCCUUUCUGUUGGAUGCUUUGAAAAAUAACCGCCCAGCAGAAGGCCACCUUCAGACUCGUCUGCUGGAAAUGAAUUUGAUUCAUGCCCCACAGGUUGCAGAUGCCAUCCUUGGAAACCAAAUGUUUACACACUAUGAUCGUGCUCAUAUUGCCCAGUUAUGUGAAAAGGCAGGCUUGCUCCAGCGAGCUUUGGAACACUACACUGAUCUUUAUGAUAUUAAACGUGCUGUUGUUCAUACUCAUCUCUUGAAUCCUGAGUGGCUUGUGAAUUUCUUUGGCUCUCUCUCUGUUGAAGACUCUGUAGAAUGCUUGCGUGCUAUGCUAUCAGCCAACAUUAGGCAAAACCUACAGCUCUGUGUACAGGUUGCUUCUAAGUACCAUGAGCAGCUUGGCACCCAGUCUCUUGUGGAGCUUUUUGAAUCUUUCAAAAGCUAUGAAGGACUGUUCUAUUUCUUGGGUUCCAUUGUAAACUUCAGCCAGGAUCCAGAUGUUCACUUCAAGUAUAUCCAGGCAGCUUGCAAGACUGGUCAGAUAAAGGAAGUAGAAAGAAUUUGCCGUGAAAGUAACUGCUAUAACCCAGAACGGGUGAAGAACUUUCUGAAGGAGGCAAAGCUGACAGACCAGCUUCCUCUGAUCAUUGUCUGUGAUCGAUUUGACUUUGUUCAUGACCUGGUGCUCUACUUAUACCGCAAUAGCCUGCAGAAGUAUAUAGAGAUCUAUGUACAGAAGGUGAACCCCAGCCGCAUACCAGCAGUGGUUGGAGGGCUUCUUGAUGUGGAUUGUUCUGAAGAUGUCAUUAAGAACUUGAUUAUGGUGGUUAGAGGACAGUUCUCAACAGAUGAGCUGGUGGCUGAAGUUGAAAAAAGAAAUCGGCUUAAACUGCUGUUGCCGUGGCUUGAAUCAAGGAUUCAUGAAGGCUCUGAAGAACCUGCGACUCAUAAUGCCUUGGCCAAAAUCUACAUUGACAGUAAUAAUAAUCCAGAGCGGUUUCUUCGUGAGAAUCCAUACUAUGACAGUCGUGUAGUUGGCAAAUACUGUGAAAAGAGAGACCCUCAUCUGGCCUGUGUUGCAUAUGAGAGGGGCCAGUGUGAUCUGGAACUCAUAAAGGUAUGCAAUGAGAACUCACUAUUUAAGAGUGAGGCUCGUUAUCUAGUACGCAGGAAGGACCCUGAACUCUGGGCAAAUGUUCUAGAAGAAAACAACCCAUUCAGGCGCCAGCUUAUUGACCAGGUUGUCCAAACAGCUUUAUCAGAGACACAGGAUCCUGAGGAGGUUUCUGUCACUGUGAAAGCUUUCAUGACUGCAGACCUGCCAAAUGAAUUGAUUGAGUUACUGGAAAAAAUUGUCUUGGAUAAUUCUGUAUUCAGUGAACACAGGAAUCUCCAGAAUCUGCUGAUCCUGACUGCCAUUAAGGCUGAUCGCACUCGUGUAAUGGAAUACAUUAAUCGACUGGAUAACUAUGAUGCCCCAGAUAUUGCAAACAUUGCCAUCAGUAAUGAGCUGUAUGAAGAAGCCUUUGCUAUAUUCAGGAAAUUUGAUGUUAAUACUUCAGCAGUUCAGGUGCUGAUUGAGUACAUUGGGAAUUUAGACCGUGCUUAUGAAUUUGCAGAGAGAUGUAAUGAGCCAGCUGUAUGGAGCCAGCUUGCCAAAGCACAGUUGCAGAAAGACUUGGUGAAAGAAGCCAUUGACUCCUAUAUAAAGGCAGAUGAUCCAUCUGCCUACAUGGAAGUUGUUCAAGCAGCAAAUAGAAACGAUAAUUGGGAGGACCUAGUCAAGUUCUUGCAGAUGGCCAGGAAGAAGGCUAGAGAGUCUUAUGUAGAGACAGAACUUAUUUUUGCCUUUGCAAAAACUAAUCGUCUCUCAGAACUGGAGGAAUUUAUAAGCAGCCCUAAUAAUGCCCAUAUACAGCAGGUUGGUGAUCGUUGUUAUGAAGAGGGUAUGUAUGAAGCAGCAAAACUACUCUAUAACAAUGUAUCUAACUUUGCUCGCUUGGCAUCUACCUUGGUGCACCUUGGGGAGUAUCAGGCAGCAGUGGACAGUGGUCGCAAAGCCAACAGCACAAGGACUUGGAAGGAGGUAUGUUUUGCCUGUGUGGAUGGAAGAGAAUUCCGCUUGGCACAGAUAUGUGGCUUGCAUAUAGUCAUCCAUGCUGAUGAACUUGAAGAGCUGAUUAGUUACUAUCAGGAUCGUGGCUACUUUGAAGAACUGAUUGCCCUUCUGGAAGCUGCUUUGGGCCUAGAGCGUGCUCACAUGGGAAUGUUUACUGAACUUGCUAUCUUAUACUCCAAAUUUAAGCCUCAGAAAAUGAGGGAACAUCUGGAGCUCUUCUGGUCAAGAGUUAAUAUUCCAAAGGUGCUCAGAGCUGCAGAACAGGCUCAUCUCUGGGCAGAACUUGUAUUCCUCUAUGACAAAUACGAGGAGUAUGACAAUGCAGUAAUUACUAUGAUGAAUCAUCCUACUGAUGCCUGGAAGGAAGGACAGUUUAAAGACAUAAUUGCCAAGGUGGCAAAUGUGGAGCUAUAUUACAAAGCCUUGCAGUUCUACUUAGACUACAAACCUCUGCUGAUCAAUGAUCUUCUGCUUGUAUUAUCUCCAAGACUGGAUCACACCAGGACAGUCAAUUUUUUCUCAAAGGUUAAUCAGCUGCUUCUAGUAAAGCCUUAUUUGCGUUCAGUGCAGAACCACAAUAAUAAAGGCGUUAAUGAAGCUCUAAACAACCUUUUAACAGAGGAGGAGGACUACCAGGGUUUGAGAGCUUCCAUUGAUGCCUAUGACAACUUUGAUAACAUAACUUUGGCUCAACGUCUGGAAAAGCAUGAGCUAAUUGAAUUUAGGCGCAUUGCAGCAUACUUGUAUAAGGGUAACAACCGCUGGAAGCAGAGUGUGGAAUUAUGCAAGAAAGACCAUCUGUAUAAGGAUGCUAUGCAGUAUGCCGCAGAGUCCAAAGAUGUAGAACUAGCAGAAAAGCUGCUUCAGUGGUUCCUGGAAGAAGGCAAGCAGGAGUGUUUUACAGCCUGCCUUUUCACGUGUUAUGACUUGCUGCACCCAGAUGUAGUCCUUGAAUUGGCAUGGAGGCAUAAUAUCAUGGACUUCGCAAUGCCUUAUUUCAUCCAAGUGAUGAGAGAGUACCUCACCAAAGUCGAUGGGCUGUUCUAUAAGGUGGAUAAUCUUGAUGCUUCUGAAAGCCUAAGAAAAGAAGAGGAACAAGUAACUGAACCUACUCCAAUAGUAUUUGGCCAGCAGUUGAUGUUAACAGCAGGCCCCAGUGCAGUACCUCCCCAGACAAACUUUCCGUAUGGAUACACAGCACCAGGAUUCACCCAGCCACCUGUUUAUGGUUUCAAUAUGUAACUAGCUCUCUGACAGACAUUCAUUCUCUUCUUUCUUCCCUUCCCUUUUUAACUUCUCUGAGGAGCGUACAAUGGUCCUAGAGGCACAGAUGACCUUCUGUUGUCUUAACACACUAGCUGCCCUGCUCAGUGAGGAGACUUCAACAGGAUGCCUGUUACUAUUAUUUAUUGAUUACUGUCCGUUUACAUUUCAACUUUUGAAAGGCAGCUUUUGUUAAUGACAUUGUGAGACUCUUGUCUGAAGUUAAGGCACUGUUUCACUAACUCAUAUAGCAAUAACUGCUUGAUGCCAGGGAGAAGAGAGCAUGCUUAUCUUUCUUUUGCAAAACCCACUAAAGGUAGCUGGGAAAUUGCCUGGUACCAAAGUUGUUGAAAAGCUUUAGCGAAAGCUACUGCAGUAGCACAGUUGUUAACAAUUUGGUGAAGCAUCUCCUUAAUGAAUUCAUCUGACUACCCCCAUUUUGUUUGCAGUCUUAUGUGAGAGAAAAAACAAUGGGCUUUCUAAUAUUUGUGUUCUGAAUGUUUAGAGGAAUAAUGGGAAAGUUUCCUUUUCUGGACAACAGUGCCAUUGGGGUUCGAUGCUAUUUGAGUCUAUUCUAUAUUUUCUGGAGUAGAUCUGAAACUUAAAAAUAAAUCUUCUCAUGCCAGAGAGCAACUAUUUCCCAGAUCCUUUUUGUUUAACGAGAGGAGACCAUGUUACUUGUUGACAUUUAAUGGUACUACGGGAAACUUCAUUUAUGUGUGGAAAGUGAAUGUGGGAGUAUGUAUGGCCUGCCAAAGUUGUAGAGGUGUAAGAGCACAGCAUCAAAACUGGGAAGGGGGGGCAUAUUACUAAAAUAGCGAGGCAGUAGGGAAGGACAUGAUCCUGUCUUUUUAUUUGCACCUUUAAUUGGUUCUGGUGUUGGCUUCCUGCCACGCUAUGUUCUGACCUUGUCUGAUGGGCAGUCAGCUCCAUCUGAAUCAACAAGAUGCAGUUAUUUAGUUCUGCUAUAAUGCAGUAGCAUCAGUGGUGUCUACCACCCACUUUUUUGAGAAUGCCAAUGAGGUUGUAUUACAACUUUGUGUCACUCUUCAAAUACCUGUAUCAUUAACAUUUUAUGUACUUAGAUUACAAUGUAUAAUUUAUGGUUAUGAAUCUUGUGCUAAUCUUAAUUAUUAUAAAAGUCCAACUAUAAAUGUAAAUCUGCAGUA